CGCCACCUGAUCUGCUUCAAGGACUGGACGGCGAAGAUGAUCAAGGACAUCGUCUGCAGCGCCAUCUGCCUCAAGAGGACCUACCCUGACACACACGGCAUUGUAUUGGAUACCCUGCGAGGGUCAAAGAUAAUGAUCUUGCAAGAAGUGAAACAACCAGUGCUUCAUUCGGCCGUGUCAAAGGCGGCGACGCUUCUAGGAGCGAGCGAUGUCAGCAUCGUUGACAAUGUGGUGUGGGAACAUGAUUAUAUGGGCAGGGUAUUCUCAACGAUGGCCGACGCAAUCUUCGUAACUACGACGACACACCACUGCAUCAAACGGUUCUCCGAACACUCUGCCGUACCUGUAAUGUGCAUGCACUCACGGACCCACGCGUCCAUUCAGGCGCUUGCAACAAUUAUGACUAUUAUGGAAGAAUAUGGAUGCAUGAAUAAUCUAAAUGUGGGUUAUCUAGGCCCUCCGCAUCCCGUACUCAACUCAUUUUUACUCUUGCACCCUAUGUUGGGUGCCAAUUUCAAAUACAAGUGCUGUUGUGAUAAAGUCCCAGUAACUCCUCUUCUUUUUAAAGCGAGUGAGGAUUUGUCAACCGAACUCCAUACAGAGAUGAAAGCCUGUACCAGUAGAGAAGAGGUGUUCAAAAACGUCAAUGUAAUCAUAGCGGGGCCUACGACAAAGAAAAAAGAAAAACUCAAGUACUUCAAAAUUACAGCCGAUGAAAUAGAUAAAAACAGUCAACGAUGGUACUUCAUCCACAUAUGUCCUCGGGGCCAGGAGGUGGACGACAAAUUGUUCAACCACAGCAACGCACGGACGUACACGAUGUUUGACAACAUGCAUUAUGUUGCAGCUGCAAUGAUGGCUAACGCAAUCAUUGGGAAGUUGUUUUGUUAUUAGUAAUAUAUAUUGUUAUUUUA